CCGGCCGGCCCGGUCCAACAUCCCGAGGGCUGAGGGGAUGCGCUGCCGAGGCUCUGCCCGAGCCGCUCCGGGGGCUGCUAGGCAGACCUGGAGAGACCCACUGUGAUCCCACCAGCAAGAAUGCAAGAGCAGCUGCUGCAGGGAGACCUGUCAUAUAUAAGAGGAUGCUCAGUGCAGAAGAAUAUGGAGAUUUACAAUUCCCUGGAGUGGAGCAGUGACAGCAGUCGAAAGCCCUGUGCUUUGCAGUCGCAGUGUGCCAGAGUGAGCUACGGAAAGAUGUUGGAGCCAUUGUGCUGCUAGACAGAUUGGAAGCUUAGAAAACUACUACCACUUUCACCACAGCAGGACGUUUAAGCGCUCGACGCUGAGCAGCCGGGGACCGCACAACUUCCUCCGCAUGGACCCCAAGGUGGACUGGCUGCAGCAGCAGGAGGUGAAGCGGAGGGUGAAGAGGCAGGUCCGAGGGGAGCCACACGCUCUGCCCUUCAACGACCCGGUGUGGCCCAACAUGUGGUACCUGCACUGCGGCGAUAAAAACAGUCGGUGCAGGUCGGAGAUGAACAUCUUGUCAGCCUGGCAGAGGGGCUACACGGGCAAGAACGUGGUGGUCACCAUCCUGGAUGACGGCAUAGAGAGGAACCACCCCGACCUCCUGCAGAACUACGAUCCUCUUGCGAGCUACGACGUCAAUGGGAACGACCACGACCCGACUCCGCGCUACGAUGCCAGCAAUGAGAAUAAACACGGCACUCGCUGCGCAGGGGAGGUGGCGGCGGCGGCGAACAAUUCGUACUGCAUAGUGGGCAUCGCCUACAACGCCCGCAUCGGAGGCAUUCGUAUGUUAGAUGGAGAUGUAACAGAUGUUGUUGAAGCGAAGUCGCUUGGCAUCAGACCCGAUUACAUUGACAUUUACAGCGCGAGCUGGGGGCCAGAUGAUGAUGGGAAGACAGUUGAUGGACCUGGUCUAUUGGCCAAACAGGCUUUUGAGCAAGGCAUUAAAAAGGGUCGCAGGGGACUGGGGUCCAUUUUCGUCUGGGCGUCGGGGAACGGCGGCAGAGAGGGCGAUUACUGCUCCUGUGACGGCUACACCAACAGCAUCUACACCAUCUCCAUCAGCAGCACCACCGAGAACGGCUACAAGCCCUGGUACCUGGAGGAAUGUGCCUCCACCCUCGCCACCACCUACAGCAGCGGGGCUUUUUAUGAGCGGAAAAUAGUCACCACGGAUCUCCGGCACCGCUGCACCGACGGCCACACCGGCACCUCCGUGUCUGCCCCCAUGGUCGCGGGAAUCAUCGCCUUGGCUUUGGAGGCAAACCCCCUGCUCACCUGGAGGGACGUCCAGCACCUGCUGGUCAAAACCUCACGGCCGGGGCACCUGCGAGCGCCCGACUGGAAAACCAACGGUGCGGGGCACAAAGUUAGCCAUCUAUAUGGCUUUGGGCUGGUGGAUGCUGAUGCUAUUGUGGUGGAAGCCAAGAAGUGGAAGAUGGUUCCUCCCCAGCAUGUCUGCGUGGGAAGCCUGGACAGGGUGCCCAAGUACAUCCGAGCUGACCAUGUGCUGCGCGCCAGCACCCUGAGCAGCGGCUGCGCUGAGCACCGUGACCAGCACGUGCUGUACCUGGAGCACGUCGUGGUGAGGCUCAGCAUCUCCCACCCGCGCCGGGGAGACCUCCAGAUCAGCCUCGUGUCUCCAGCAGGAACCAGGUCGCAGCUCCUCGCCAGGAGGGUGUUCGACCACUCCAACGAGGGGUUCAAGGGCUGGGAGUUCAUGACCGUCCACUGCUGGGGGGAGCGGGCGGCGGGGGAGUGGACCCUGGAGAUCCACGACACGCCAUCCCAAGUGCGCAACCCCGCCGUGCAAGGGAAGCUGAAGGAGUGGAGCCUCAUCUUCUAUGGGACAGCUGAGCAUCCCUACACUGCACCGGGUGGGCCCCAGUCUCGUGGGAGGUCGUUGGAAGUGCCAACAUCGGAGAUGGAGCCAUCAAGAGCCGCCUUCCUGCAGAGCCAGGUGGAGGUGGCAGAGGAGGAGGAGGAGUAUGCGGGUCCGUGCCACCCCGAGUGCGGCGACCAGGGCUGUGAUGGUCCCAACGCCGACCAGUGCUUGAACUGCAUCCACUACAGCCUGGGCAGCAUGAAAACUGGCAGGAUGUGUGUGAGCUCCUGCCCCGUGGGGUUUUUUGGGGACAAAGGCGCCCGGAGGUGCCGCCGGUGCUACAAGGGCUGCGAGCGCUGCCUCGGGAGGGGACCGACCCAGUGCACGGCCUGCAAGAGGAACCUCUACCACCACCAGGAGAUGAACACCUGCGUGGUGCUGUGUCCCACCGGCUUCUACGCCGAGGAACGUCAGAAACGUUGUCUGAAAUGUCAUCAAAGCUGUAAAAAAUGUGUUGGCGAAGCAGACAAAUGUACUGCAUGCAAAGAGGGAUUCAGCCUGGCAGGAGAGAGCUGUGUGCCCGAGUGCCAGCCUGCCAUGUACCUCAGCCGGGAGCCCCGGCGCUGCGAGACCUGCCCCGCCAGCACAGGGCCGGGAGAGGAGGACUGCACCUCCUGCACCCCCGAGGGCCCUGCACCCCACUGGCGCUGCGUCCCCGCCUGCCGUGAGGGCUUUUACCCCGCCGACAGCCACGGGCUGCCCAACAAGGUCUGCAAGAGGUGUGACGAUCACUGCUCAGCCUGCGAGGGCUCCAGUGGGAACUGCCUUCGGUGUAAAGAAGGUUUCAGCCUCCUGGGUGGCUCCUGUGUAACAAAUGAAACCUGUACCAACGCUGACAAGACUUUCUGUGAGAUGGUGAAAUCAAACAAGCUCUGUGAAAAGAAGCUGUUUGUGCAGUUCUGCUGUCAGACGUGUCUUAUGGCUGGGUAAAGUUCAGCGGCUGCGUCCAUCCAGGACUUCCACCGACUGCCAGCCCAGUUUUGCCAAAUGUUUAGGACAAAAAGUUUAUUUUUUCAGCUUUGGGAGAGUUUACAUGGUGCUGUCAAGCAUUUCGCUCCUAAGUUUGAUAGCUUUAAUAUCACUGUCAGCGCGUUUCUAUAGCAAUAUGUUAAGCAGAGAUCGGAUCGUACCCUGAGUGAUCACGUCCUGGGAGCAGCAGACAAGCGGUGAUAUUAAUACUCUCAAACACUCCUCGUGAGCAGGGACUGAUGCAUGAUCCAUGUACACACGCUUGGUUCUUCGCAGAAAUCCUACUGACCUGCCCGCUCCGAGCGGCUGGCGGGAGCCCUCGCCGCGAGGGAUGCAGGACUCCACGCCUGCGAGGAAAGAGCCGUUUGUGGCUCACUUUUCGGUACCCUUCUCUGCUAGGUGAGAGCUGAUACAGACCUGAAUUGCCAACGGCUCUGUACAUAGGUAAAACGAUGAACCAGGCGGUUCCGGAGUGGUGCCCUACAGCCCACUCCGGAAUUCCUGUUCGGAUUCGGUCAGUCGCUGUUUCCCUCUGGCCGGGGCAAGAACUGGAGGUUUGAGGACCAAAGCGUGAGCUGACCCACGUGGCUCUGCAGGUGUGUCAGCCCAGCAGGGAACUGCAGGCAGGCAAAACCCCUGUGUCUACAGGGGGUCUUAGGGAUUUGGUGGGGUUUGUCCGCAUGGACUGGCCUUACCAUGAAGUGUAUUUCCCUACUGGAACUGCGAGUAAGUUGCUGAUUAAUUCAGUUCUGGAACGAGCUAGAUCCUUCCUCUAAACGAGAUGCUGUCCCAGUUAGUCUCUUCUGGCAUUUUGUGUCAUCAUCCUUCCCCUGUUUUGCUGGGUAUGCCCCUCUCUCUCACAAAAUCCUCCUAUCACGGCAGUGAUUUUUCUUGGGCAUCUAUUUCCCAAAUGAGACAUUCCGGGGAUCCAGACAGGAAACUUAAUUUUACAAAACCCUCCCCCAAAACAAACUUUUUCAUGCUCUCUCUUAAUAGUAAGUCAUGUGGUGUUUAUAUAAUUGUGUUUAAAAUAUCCUUGGCUAUGUUGUUUUACAGAUUUUUAAAAAAUAACUUAUACAAUCCUUGUUUUUUCUCUGUGGAUUAUUUUUUAUAUGGGAGUGGGGUACCUUUUUGUGUCUUAUUCCUUCUCCUUUUCUCCUCUCUGACCCUGCAAAGCCAGUCUUUGCACCAGACGUAUGUAAACACUCUUUCCUACGCUGCAUGUUCUGAUUUUCAUUGUUAAUAGUUUUUAUGAGUUAAACCUUUUGCCAAUGAAAUCCUCAGUGUGAAAUGUCACUAGUCCCUCACAGAGCUGGGAUAAUCCCUGCUUGGUUUCAGCUGCAGUGACACAUGCCCUGCCUGGGCUUGCCCACUAGAGCUCACCUCAGCCAGGUGGAAGAGGGGAAAGCCACACUGCCACUGGUCCUCACCUGCCUGGGCCAAACCCAAGGAAAGAUGGAGCUUUGGUGAACUGACCUUUUAAGUUAAUAAACUAUUGAUCU